CUCUGUCUUUGGCGGGAGCCCCUCUUGUUGUUUCUCCUCUCGCGCUGCGCAUCUCUCCUGCAGUUUUGAGGCAUCUUCCAUCUGUUCGCAUUUAUUGUUUCCUAGUUGAGAGCUCCUGCUCCUGUCUGGGACUGUCCUCUCUCUCUCUUCUAUUAUUAUUAUUAUUCCUCUUCUCUUUUCCUUCGAGCUCUCCUCCUCCUGGGGGCGAGGGAAGCGGCUCGGAGCUGUUCUUCCCGCCGUGCGCGCACAGAGGCGCCUCACUUCAGCCUCGCCUGUGCCAUUUGCCUGCGCCACGCGCCUCCUCCUCGGCUGCAAGAGCAGCAGCAGCAGCAGCAUGUCGAACUCAGGCAGGAAGGACUUUGACGUGAAGCACAUUUUGCGCCUCCGCUGGAAACUGUUCAGCCACCCGGCGGCUCCUGCGGGCGGCUGUUUGCAGCAGGACAGCAGCUUCGAGCACUGGGGGCCGAGCCAGAGCCGCCUGCUGAAGAGCCAGGAGAGGGGCAGCGGCGCCUUCUGGAAAAAAGCCGCCUCUUCUUCUUCCUGCUCCUCCUCCUCUCCGUCGCCUUCUGCUGCUUCUUCGUCGCCUCUCAACGGGACUUUGUUGCCCACCACCAGGCUACAUGGACUGGCCGAGCACCAACGCCACCAGCCCGCGGCUCGCACCGUCUUCUACGUGGAGUCCCUGGAGGAGGGGCCCGGCGGGUUGGGGGAGUUUGCCCGCGAACGGGAGAAAACGCUGGUGCUCCGCGAGGUCAAGGAAGAGCCCGCGCCCUUUGCGGAUGGCGGCGGUCAGGCAACAGGUGAAGGGGCUGUGCACAGGUUAUCAGCGGCUAGCCAUCCCGUAACACCUCAAUGUGACAUGGACUCUAGUAGUUCUGAGGAAUUCUAUCAAGCUGUACAUCAUGCUGAACAAACCUUCAGGAAGAUGGAAAGCUACCUGAAACAGCAGCAACUCUGUGAUGUUAUCCUGAUUGCUGGGAACCGUAAGAUACCUGCACAUAGACUUGUUCUCAGUUCUGUUUCUGAUUACUUUGCUGCCAUGUUUACAAGUGAUGUUUGUGAAGCCAAGCAAGAGGAAAUAAAAAUGGAAGGCAUUGACCCAAGUGCACUGUGGGAUCUUGUUCAGUUUGCAUAUACAGGUUGCUUGGAACUUAAAGAAGAUACAAUUGAAAACCUCCUAGCAGCUGCAUGUCUCCUUCAGCUCUCUCAAGUAGUUGAAGUCUGCUGUCAUUUUCUCAUGAAGCUUUUACAUCCAUCUAAUUGUUUGGGAAUCCGGGCAUUUGCAGAUGCUCAAGGAUGCACAGAGCUUAUGAAGGUGGCUCAUAGCUAUACCAUGGAAAACAUAAUGGAGGUUAUUAGAAAUCAAGAGUUUUUACUGUUGCCAGCAGAUGAACUCCAUAAGCUUCUUGCCAGUGAUGAUGUGAAUGUUCCUGAUGAAGAGACUAUUUUCCAUGCCUUAAUGAUGUGGGUCAAAUAUGACAUGCAAAGGAGAUGUAGUGACCUGAGUAUGUUACUUGCCUACAUCCGACUGCCUCUUCUCCCACCACAGAUUUUAGCUGACCUAGAAAACCAUGCACUUUUUAAAGAUGACUUGGAAUGUCAGAAGCUGAUUCUGGAAGCUAUGAAAUAUCAUCUUUUGCCAGAAAGACGGACCCUUAUGCAAAGCCCAAGAACUAAGCCAAGAAAAUCCACAGUUGGGACCCUGUAUGCUGUUGGAGGAAUGGAUAACAACAAAGCAGGUGCUACAACCAUAGAGAAGUAUGAUCUCAGGACAAAUAUAUGGAUCCAGGCUGGAGUGAUGAAUGGCAGGAGGCUGCAGUUUGGUGUCGCUGUCAUUGACGACAAACUCUUUGUUAUUGGAGGUCGUGAUGGUUUAAAGACUUUAAACACUGUUGAAUGUUACAAUCCAAAGACAAAGGCAUGGACUGUCUUGCCUCCAAUGUCCACCCAUAGGCAUGGCUUAGGUGUUACUGUACUUGAAGGGCCAAUUUACGCAGUGGGAGGCCAUGAUGGCUGGAGCUAUUUGAACACAGUCGAGAGGUGGGACCCCCAAAGUCAGCAAUGGACAUUUGUAGCCAGUAUGUCUAUUGCCAGAAGCACUGUUGGUGUAGCAGCAUUAAAUGGCAAGUUAUACUCAGUGGGAGGUCGAGAUGGAAGCUCUUGUUUGAGUUCCAUGGAAUAUUAUGAUCCCCACACAAACAAAUGGAACAUGUGUGCUCCAAUGUGUAAGAGACGAGGAGGUGUAGGAGUGGCUACCUGUGAUGGUUUCCUCUAUGCAGUGGGAGGCCAUGAUGCCCCUGCUUCGAACCAUUGUUCCAGACUCCUGGAUUAUGUCGAAAGAUAUGACCCCAAAACAGAUACAUGGACAAUGGUGGCUCCAUUGAGCAUGCCUCGUGAUGCUGUUGGUGUUUGUAUCCUUGGUGAUAAGUUAUAUGCUGUAGGUGGAUAUGAUGGCCAGACAUACCUGAACACUAUGGAGUCAUAUGACCCACAGACUAAUGAAUGGACACAGAUGGCGUCACUAAACAUCGGAAGAGCUGGGGCCUGUGUCGUAGUCAUAAAGCAACCAUGACUUUGUCAGCAGUGGAUUUUAUUGACUUCCAGGUGGAUUUUUCUGUCAGACAAACAAGAACGAAAACUUUGUUGAGCAUAAGGAUCAAUAAAUACAGUCAGCAUUUUGUUGAUCACAAACUUGAAGAAGUUUUAAAAUGGGAAGGGAAAAAUGAGGAUUUGAUGCCUUUUCCAAUUGUUAGACACUGCUCACUGAGUGAACAAGAAAAAAAAAGUCUAUCAGUUGUAUGAACAUAAAGAGUCCGGUACUGCUCUACAGACUGUGUAAUGCAGAUAUUGCAAAUGGACAGUGUCCAGGAGCACUUCUUCAUACGGAGUGGAGCAAACUAAUGAUCAAAGCACUAGACAUUUUAAACUCUGGAACCAUCACGGCACACUAAGUCACUUUUUAAACUAGUUUUAUUAAAAGAAAAUGUAGGUAAUUGAUUUCUCUUUCUCUCUCUUUCAAGGCCUUAUCUUCAAAUGGUUUACAUCCUUUGCCAUUUACACAGACAGUAAUACAGAAGAGAAUUUCAGACUCUUCCUAAACUAACGAAGAAAGGUUGAAAAGAUUUCACUCUUUUUCCUAAUCAGAAACAAUUUAAUAUCAACAAUAUAAUGAUUGUUUCUCUGAUAUUGGACUGUCCCUCCCACUAGAAUCAUGCAUCUGAGACUGCACUGAUGUUGUAUUCUGAGUGUUUGGAAGAGAUGCCAAUGCAGGGGGAAGAUUGAAUAUUUUGGCCCAUUGGGUCUUCGCUACAAAAACCGAGAGCCAAAGGAACACUCUCACAAAUCUACCUUAACUUCUUAUGUAAGCAUGUGAAUUCUUAUCUCUUUCAAUCCUUAUGUACAGUACUUCUCCUGCAUGUGAGGAGCUUGUGGAAGACUGGGAAACAAUGGCUUCUACCCCAUCACCUCAUCUUAAUAAUGUGUAACAAUUCUAAAGCAAUUCCUUUUUGGCCUAGAAAUACAAUAGGAAAGAAAAAAAUGUUUCCCCCCACUUUCCCAUUUUUGUUCUAGUCCAACUCAACUUAAUUUUAACUACCAUAAAGAUCUUCCAUUUAUUUCUGCAAGUUAUUGAGACUAAGGGCCAAAUGAGUCAUUACAUGGUAACUGUUUCUCAAUACAUUAAAAAAAAUGAAAAUCAGCUUCAUGAAACUGCCAGUCUGAGUAGAGGAGCAGCAGGUUGAAAGGGGGCUUCCACCCUCUUCCUUCCAGUUUUCUGUUCAAAUUCUUAACUGCCAAGAUGCUUUUCCACCCAGGAUUGGGUAAGAUAUGAAUAUCUAUAUUUUUAUUUAUUUAUUCCUUGGAUGGAAUAGCACAGAGAUUGUUUUGGGUGGGAAAACAAAGAUGAAAUGAUUAAGUAAUCCAUUCCCCAUUCUUGUCACCCAGCCACAUAAACUGGCAACCUCCUUUACUCCCCCCCCAAUACAUGGAAGACUGUUACAUACUUCCACUCCUUAAUGUCUACUUUGGCCCUAAUAAAUGCUGCUUCAUUGUGAAUAAGGAAGAAAAUACAGAUCAGGUUGUUUUGGCAUAAUAAGUCUCAGAAGCAGAGCACCUGCUUUGCAUGUGUGAAGUUCCAUGUAAAAUGACGUCAGACUAUAUGAAUCAUUUAGCCUUUGCAAAGAACUGCUUUGUAUAAGAAUGAGCUGCAGAAGUCAUGUUGUUGUGGUCACUAAAUGACCCCUGACCUUACAUGGUGGUCACUGUUGGCUGUAUAAUGUCAUAAGCAUGGUUGGACAUUCAUAUCAAGGCACCAAACUGAGAUUGGUUUAACUGGUGUGUGAUGAAGAGUCGAAUUUCAUUGAUGACCUCAAUUGUGGCAGGAAUAAACUUUUGUGUGAAGCUCUGAAGGAUAAUGCUAGUGAGUUCUGCCACUACAUUUUGCAUUGAAACAUUGAAGUGUGUAGUUUUCCUAUUCAGACCUAUGUGCUAGCUAAAUAAAACAUGUGUGUCCUAA